CGCCAACACAAGUCCACUUGUUUGCUGCGCUUGAAGGUGGAGGAGGAUCGCCAUCACUUUGCUGCGCUUGAAGGUGGAGGAGGAUCGCCAUCACUUUGCUGCGCUUGAAGGUGGAGGAGGAUCGCCAUCACUUUGCUGCGCUUCUCCUCUACUCUACUCCAUUCUGCUCCACCAUUCUCACCCUCUGUCGUUGCAUAGAAACACUCCCUUACCCCUGGUAUAUCCUAUUACAGACCCUUGUUGCGACGGCGGGAGGUUUUGGAGCUCUCGCUUCGGCGAGUGCGAUAUUAGGUUAGGGUAAUGGCCAAGGAGAAGCAGGAGGAGGAGAUGGGAGAAAUGAAGGAGGGGGGCGAGGAGAGGACGUCGAAGACCUCUGGGUAUAGGUAUUGGGUGAGAGGGACUAUGCAGGGUGCGGCCCCUGAACCUGUGCCGUACAAGCUGACGGCGGAAGAACUGGCGGGGAAUGGGAAGCCAGCUUGUUUGGGAUCCACUUGGAAUCAGGCUGGGACGUGGGAGGAGAAGGUGUUGAGUUCGUGGGCUUGGAAUCGGGUGAAGGAGCUGCUGCCGACAGUGGAGCCCGUGGAGUUUGAGGGAGGCACAGCUAGGGUUGUGGAGGUGACGACGUGCAGUGGCGACGCAUCGCUGAUCACUGUGCGGCAGAAGAAGAAGGUGGGAUAUACGUUGGAGAUUGAGAUGAAGUAUUCGGCGAAUGUGAAGCAAGGCGAGGAGAAGAAAGAUUUCGAAGGGAAGAUGAAGGUGCCAGAGGCGUGUUAUGGCGAGCUUGAUGAUCUAGAGCUGGACGUUAUAGUUAGUGCGUCGGAUAUCAAGGAUUCGGUGCAGAGAAAGAGGGUGAAGCAGACGCUGAUGGAUAUGUUCUUGCCGAAGAUUAGGCGGAAGCUCGAGGACUUCGAGGCGGAGUUGAAGGAGAGGUGAUGCCUACCGAGUCUGCUGCAUGCAGAGCAUGCAGCUCGCUUAGAUCCUUCGUUCUUUACUCUUGCAUUGGUACAUCGAUGUAUUGAACGUUCCCUGGAUAUUUUUAUCAACUUCAGGUCUCAAGGAAUGGAUAGGUCGGUGCUCUGAAUGUUUUGGUGGCCAUAGAGCAUCUCGUACUAGGAUCCAAGUGAUUACAUCCGUGGAGGCUAUGGUUUUUAGGUCAUUAGCUUGCACUUCUCAACUUUGUUUUUCAUUUUUCAUAUAUAUAUAUAUAUAUAUAGAGAGAGAGAGAGAGAGAGAGAGAGAGAGAGAGAGAUUCAAUUUUCAGGUUACACAGCAUAUCUCGAGAGAGAAGAGGUCGAUGUGGGAAAGAAUAGUUGUUUGAACCAUGCAGGAUAUUAAAGAGCAGAAGUACCACGAGGUGUAUUGAACCUUUGUCUCAGCCGGGUAUUUUUAAGCUACUUCGAUUUCUAAAAGUAUCAAGCAUAUUCUAUUAUUUGCGCAAACGAUGGUGAUGUGUGCAGGCACACUAAUUCUAAUGUAUCUAGCAUUUUCAUGCAGCUUUUGAUGCUU